AUGUUCAACGCAGGAGUGACCGAGGGACAAUCAACCACGAGGCCACCAUUGUUCGAUGGAACAAACUACUCGUAUUGGAAGGAGAGGAUGAGAAUCUUUAUCCAAUCCAACGACUACAAGCUGUGGUUGAUUGUGAAGAACGGCUGCGGAGUCCCGAUGAAGAAAGUCGGUGAAGUCAAUGUUCCCAAAACCAAAGAAGAGUUCACCGACGAAUAUUGCAAAAAGAUGGAGCUCAACGCCAAGGCAAUAAACAUGAUUUAUUGCGGUGUUAACGUGGAUGACUACCGCAAAAUCUCAAGGUGUGAAACCGCAAAACAAAUGUGGGAGAAAUUGGAGGUCACCUACGAAGGAACCGCACAGGUUCGGGAGGCCAAAAUUGAUCAUCUCACUCACGAGUAUGAACUCUUUUCAAUGAAGGAAAAUGAGAAGAUUGAGGAAAUGUUUGAGAGAUUCUCUAACAUCAUCAAUCCCCUCAAUCUUCUCGGGAAGACAUACACCGACCGAGAGCUCGUGAGAAAGGUGCUGCGAAGCCUAUCUCCUAAAUGGCGCUCAAAGGUGGACGCAAUCGAAGAAGGUCGUGACUUCCAAACAACGACCUAUGAUGCUCUUCGAGAUGAUGAAGAUGAUGACAGCGACGACACCGACCUCGGACUCUUUGUCCGAAAAUUCAAGAAGAUGAUGCUCAAGAAGGGAGCCAAGAAGAACAUUCCACCCAAAUGCUAUAGGUGUGUUGAAGUUGGACACAUCAAACCAAUGUGCCCAAAGCUCAAGAACGAGAAGGACAAGAAGACACCGAAGAAGCAGCGUGCUUACAUUUCUUGGGAGAACGACGGCUCCGGGAGUGAAGACUCGGAAACGGAAGAAGUGGCCAACUUGUGUCUCAUGGCCAUUGAAGAUGGUGAUGCAUCAAAAGAGGUAAGUGAUCAAGAACCUUCUCCCAAUGAUCCUUUAACUCUUAAUGAUGUUGUUUGCAUUGUAGAAGAUUUGGUAAGAAUGU